AUGGCGUCCGGCGAAACAAGAAGCAGCAGGAGGUGGGUCCCCCGAUGGCCCGAUCUCUGUACCGAUAUCCUGGACGUCAUCGUCAAGAAGCUCACCCGCGCCGCCGAUUACAUCCACUUCCGUUGCGUCUGCAAGUCCUGGCGCUCCUUCGCCAAACCCAUCAAUCUUCCCUCCCACCUCCCUCUCCUCGUGCUCCCCUACGACCCCGGCUCCCUACGCCGUCACGUUCUCAGCCUCCCCACCAGGGAGAUCCGCACUCUCCUCAUCCCCGACCUCGUCGACAGAGUAACCCUCGCCUCCUCCCGCGGCUGGCUCCUCCUGCUCGACCUCAGACACUGGAGCAGACGCCUCUUCUUGCUGAACCCCCUCACCGGGGCCCAAGUCCAGCUCCCUCCCACCGAUGGUUUCCUCCACCUGACCGUCUUCGAAUUCUCGUGGAAGGCGUACUUGCUUUUGAGCCCGAACUUGGACCCGAGGGAUUCCGUGGUGGUGAUCGCCGAUUGCUAUCGUAACUCCCGUGAAAUCGCCUUCUGUAAAUUGGGAGAUGAAUCAUGGACCGUGAUGAAUACCGCCUAUCAAUUUGCCGAAUGUUGA